AUGUUGAAAGAGACCACCCGCUAUGAUAGCCGUAACACUUCACAAGAAGAGAGGCGUCCGUUAGCGGCAAGUCGUUUACCAGCUAUCGAAGAGCUCACACUUGGCUUAAAGCAAAAACUUCACCUGCAGGCUCGGACAAGAGCUGCACCUUAUUAUAUUAGAAAGCAAGAACCAGUUGAUCUCGUGGAAAGGUUACUAGAGCAACGUGCCCUUGUCGCCGAGGCUGUGCGAAGAUUACAGGAAAAGAAACAACCGUGUCAUGAAAUAUCAGUAGACUCAUAA